UAAGGCUCGGGGGCCGGCGGCGGCGGCAGCAGCAGGGAGCUGGGAAGCGAGAAGCCGGGAGCGCGGGGCUCAGUCGGGGGGCGGCGGCGGCGGCGGCUCCGGGGAUGGCGGCGGCUCCACUGCUGCUGCUGCUGCUGCUCGUGCCCGUGCCGCUGCUGCCGCUGCUGGCCCAGGGGCCCGGGGGGGCGCUGGGAAACCGGCAUGCGGUGUACUGGAACAGCUCCAACCAGCACCUGCGGCGAGAGGGCUACACGGUGCAGGUGAACGUGAACGAUUAUCUGGAUAUUUACUGCCCGCACUACAACAGCUCAGGGGUGGGCCCCGGGGCGGGGCCAGGGCCCGGAGGCGGGGCGGAGCAGUACGUGCUGUAUAUGGUGAGCCGGGACGGCUACCGCACCUGCAACGCCAGCCAAGGCUCCAAGCGCUGGGAGUGCAACCGACCGCACGCCCCCCACAGCCCCAUCAAGUUCUCGGAGAAGUUCCAGCGCUACAGCGCCUUCUCUCUGGGCUACGAGUUCCACGCCGGCCACGAGUACUACUACAUCUCCACGCCCACCCACAACCUGCACUGGAAGUGUCUGAGGAUGAAGGUGUUCGUCUGCUGCGCCUCCACAUCGCACUCCGGGGAGAAGCCGGUCCCCACUCUCCCCCAGUUCACCAUGGGCCCCCAUGUGAAGAUCAACGUGCUGGAAGACUUUGAGGGAGAGAACCCCCAGGUGCCCAAGCUUGAGAAGAGCAUCAGCGGUACCAGCCCCAAGCGGGAACAUCUGCCCCUGGCGGUGGGCAUCGCCUUCUUCCUGAUGACACUCUUGGCCUCCUAGCUCUGCCCCCUCCCUUGGAGGGGAGAGAUGGGGCGGGGCUGGGACAGAGCAGGGAGCCUUUGGCCUCUCCAGGGAAGCCUAGCCGUGGGGCCUAGACCCCUCCUCUGACGGCUGGAAGUGGGGUCUGCAGCAUACAUCUGUGCUCACCCCUCCUGUCCCCUCUCCACCAAGUAGGGCACUGUAGUGGACCAGGUACAGGGACAGCCACGGGUCCCAAGUGGCCUUGUGGCUCUGGUAAUGUUUGGUACCAAACCCGGGAGCUGUAAAGGGCGGUGCUCAGGACUCCCUGCCCCCUGGUACCUUUCUGUGACCCCUGGUGCCCUCCCCCUUUCUCCCCCCCACCCCCGAGAGACAAAUGUGCCCCAGAGAGAGCAAAUCGAAGUGUGGGAGACACCCCCAGUCACUCUCUUCCAGGGCCAGAACACAGGGAGGGGACUAGAUGGGUGAGGGGGUGGCACCACCUGCUGCCCCUCCCCUGUUUACAGCAAUAAGCACGUCCUCCUCCCACUUCCACUCCCAGGAUUGUGGUUUGGUUGAAUCCAAGUUUACAAGCAGACACCACUGCGGGGGGCCGCCGACAGUGGACAAGGGUGACAAGGGGUGGGCAUUGGGGUGCCAGGCAGGCAUGUACAGACUCUAUAUAUCUAUAUAUAAUGUACAGACGGACAGAGUCCCUCCCCCUCCUUAACCCCCUGACCUUCCUUGACUUCCCCCUCCAGCUUCAGACCCUUUCCCCACCAGGUUAGCCCCCCCCCCCCGGGGGACCCCCUGGCCCCUCUUUUGUCUUCUGUGAAGACAGGACCUAUGCAACGCACAGACACUUUUGGAGACCGUGAGACAACAAUGCCCCCUCCCCUCCAGCCCUGAGCCGGGGCCCAGCUCCCAGGACCUUGCCCUGCCCAUCCUCUGUGGUCCCCACCCAUCCUCCUGGGCCUUUUUCAAGUGCUUUGGCUGUGACUUUCAUACUCUGCUCUUAGUCUAAAAAAAAUAAACUGGAGAUAAAAAUAA